AUGGAAGAAAAAGGAAAUCCAAACAGUAUUAAGCUUCCUGAUACUUUAGAAGUUUUCAGGAAUUUAAAAAACGCAAAACAAUUUGCUAUUGACAUUGGUGGUUCACUUACAAAAAUAGCAUAUUAUUCAACAGUAUCAUUUAGACGAGUUUAUUAUGCCACCGAUAACAUAGACAAAAAUGAUGACAAAAACAAGGAUGACAAACAAGAUAAGUUUGUUUACACAUAUUCUGAACAAGCAAGGUUACAUUUUGUCAAGUUUGAAACAAAAUAUAUUGAAAACUGUUUGGAUUUCAUUGGUGACAAUUUAGUUAACAGUGAUGAACGAAAAGGAAAAAGCAUUAAAGCUACUGGAGGUGGGGCAUACAAGUAUAGCAAACUUAUUCAAGACAAAUUGGGAUUAAAAGUAGAUAAAGAAGAUGAGCUUACUUGUUUAAUCACAGGAUGUAACUUCUUAUUAAAAAAUAUAAGUGAUGAAGCAUUUGUUUACAACAGAAAUGGUAGCCCAGAAUAUGAGUUUCAAACAGCUGACCCACAUGUAUUUCCUUAUAUGUUAGUUAACAUUGGCUCAGGUGUAAGUAUUUUAAAAGUCGAGUCGGACAAUUGUUACGAGCGUAUUGGUGGAACAGCUACAGGGGGUGGCACAUUCUGGGGCCUUGGUACACUUUUGACUAAAGCCAAAUCAUUUGAUGAAUUACUUGAUCUUGCCGAAAAAGGAGAUCACAGGAAGGCUGAUAUGCUUGUAAAGGAUAUAUAUGGUGGAGAUUAUGAAACUCUUGGCAUGCAUUCAGAUUUAAUUGCUUCUUCUUUUGGAAAAAUAUGUCCUCGUCAAAAUGCAGAAAGUGAUUACAAUGAAGCAGAUCUGGCAAGAAGUUUACUAUUUGCAAUUAGCAAUGACAUUGGUCAAAUUGCUUGUUUGUAUGCAAUGAUGCAUAAUUUGAAAAAGGUAUAUUUUGGUGGUUACUUUUUAAGAAAUCGUUCACUCAGCAUGCAUACUAUAUCAUUUUCUAUAAAAUAUUGGUCUAGAGGAACUGUGCAAAGUUUGUUUUUAAGACAUGAAGGAUAUUUAGGAGCAAUUGGGGCCUUUUUAAAAGGCACUGAAGAAUGUGAUGGUGACAAGUUUUCGUGGUUAGAAAAUUAUGCUGGUAGUGGAAGUAACCGCACUCAGUUGUCAUUUGGCAAACGAGUUGACCAACUUGAACUUGAUCGUUGGGAAUCCCCUUUAACAUUUUGCCCAUUGCUUAAAGAUCCAUCUAGUUACAUUCCAGAUACAGUUGACUUAAACUCGGAUAAAGAAGCUAGAGAAUAUUGGUUAAAUUGCUUUGAAGAAAGUAUAGAAAAUUAUGCAAAAUUUAUUUCUCGGGUGCAAUUGCUUAAAAUACAACCUUUUGCUUAUGGUAAUUUGACCGUGAGGGGUCUUCUUGAUACAAUCAAUCAAUGUCUUAAAGAAUUUGAUUUUCCAGAUCCGUAUUUAACUCAAAAACGAACAGAAAAUGAAUAUGCACUAACAUGUUUUCAAGAACGAUUGGAAGAAUUAGAUUCUUUAGACCUAGAGGAAAGACAAAAAGAACUAAUCAUGGGUGUCUUAGCAGGGAAUACUUUUGAUUGGGGUGCUAAAGAAACUGUAGCUCUAAUGAAAACUGGUGAAUUUGAUUUUAAACAAGCAAGAAGCCGAAUACCUGCUAGACCUUGGCUAAUUGAUAGUCUGGAUAGUUGGGUUGAAAAGAUAUGCAAUGAGCCGUACAAAAAAAUUGCAAUUUUCAUCGAUAACAGUGGUAUUGAUAUAGUUUUGGGAAUACUACCGUUGGCUAGAGAAAUGUUACGUCAAGGCUCAAGAUUAAUACUGUGUGCCAACUCAGCUCCAGCACUUAAUGAUGUCACUCAUUCAGAACUUGUUGUACUGUUACGUCAAAUUGCGGCUAUUUGUCCUAUUAUUUCUAAAGGAUUAGAUGAAGGAAGGUUGAAAUCAAUGGAGACAGCUCAAGGAGGGCCAUGUUUAGAUCUCAGUCGAUUGGAACGAGAAUUGGCAAAUGAAUUGAUUACUGUGGAUUUAAUUCUAUUGGAAGGAAUGGGUCGAGCUGUACACACCAAUAUAGAUGCAGAAUUUUUGUGUGAUUGUUUCAAAUUAGCCAUAAUAAAAAACCGUUGGUUAGCUAAACGUUUAGGCGGUGACAUGUUUUCAGUUGUGUGCAAAUAUGAAAGUGUUAAUGUUUCAAAAUAA